AUGUCCCUUGCCCAAUGGACCACAACCCUGACGGGCCUCUCCUCCCUCACCAAAUCCACCACCAACAUCCCGAUCCCAACCCCAGGAGAUCAUGAAGUCCUCGUUGAGAUCCACGCCGUAUCUCUAAAUUACCGCGAUGUAGAGGUAACAAAAGGCGAAUACACCCACCACAAAGCCACCUCCAGCACCCACCCCCUCGAACAAAAGGUCCCCUGCUCCGACAUGUGCGGCACCGUCACGCACAUCGGUCCCAACGUCACCCGCUUCCAGCCCGGUGAUCGCGUGCUCUCGACCUUCCUUCCGGAUCACAUCACCGGUCAGGUUACGGAUAAAGAAUUGGCGACGGGAUUAGGACACCCCCAGCCGGGCGUGUUGGCGACGCAUAGGGUGUUUCCGGAGCAUGGGCUUGUCAAGGCACCCAAGCACCUUGGGGAUGUGGAGGCAAGUACGUUGCCGAUUGCGAGUGUGACGGCAUGGAUGAGUUUGGAGGAGAGGAUUAAGUUGAGGAGUGGACGCGGGGCUGGGGAGGGUGGUGAGGUGGUGGUGCUGUUGCAGGGGACUGGAGGGGUUGCGGUUGCCGGGUUGCAGAUUGCGAAGGCGUUGGGGGCUAUUGUGAUCAUCACGUCGUCGUCGGAUGAGAAGCUCGAGAAAGCGAAGGCGCUGGGUGCGGACUACACUAUUAAUUAUCGGACUACGCCAGACUGGGAUCAGGAGGUCCUGCGCAUUACGAACGGGAAGGGGGUGGAUGUUAUUCUUGAGACUGGGGGUGCGAGGACGCUGAGGAAGAGUUUCGAGUGUAUUGCCUUUGGGGGCUUGAUUAACUGCAUUGGGUAUUUGUCGGGCAAGGUGGAUGAUCCGGAGGAUCGGAUUAAUGUGAAUCUGCUGGCGCUACGACGGACGGUUACUCUGCAGGGUAUUAUAAAUGGUCCGAGGGAUCGGUUUGAGGAGAUGGUGGGAUUCUAUGAGGAGAAGGGGAUCAAGCCGGUGGUGUCGAAGGUUUUUGGGUUUGAGGAGGCCGAUCAGGCGUUUAGGUUCUUGGAAAGUGGAGGGCAUUUUGGGAAGGUUGUUAUUGAAGUUCCUUGAGCGUGUCAUUCAUUCUCGGUUUGUGUAUGGAGAAUCGGUGUAUAGAUAGAAGCUAUUGAUUAGCUCCGUCGGAGGGAGGCAAAUCCGACGAAUGUCCCAGAUCUUCACCCAGCUGCUUGCCUCCCUCUGCAGUGAUGGGUUUACAGUCUUGCAGCACGAACAGCAUUCGCGUCCAGUUCUCCUUGCUUGGGUUGCGCCAUCCGUGCAUCGUCCCCCGCUGCACGGCUAUGUCGCCCUUCUUCAUCGUCACUUUCUCCCCCGAGUCCAGCUCCAUGAUGAUUUCGCCCUCCAGGACAACUCCGUAGUCUAAACUCCGCGUGCGGUGCAUGAAUGGGUCUGUGUUUGGCGCAAAGUCCACCACGCGGCAGACGGUGCCGUUGGGGCUG